UAAAGUUGACAUAACCUACAAAAAACAUAAACAGGACAGGUUAUCUCAAGGCAAUCAAAUUCAUUCAAGUUAUUUUAUAUUUGUUUAUAAAUAUAUUCCAAAACUUGUAUUAUGACUGAAAGUAAACCAUUACCAUGCGUUUUAUUUGUAAGUUCUUGUGAGAAGAAACCAGAGGAAAUUGUCAAAUUGAUAAUUAACAAACUGGAUGAAUCAAUAACGUUGGAGGAAGAUGUGUCAGCUCACCCAUGGCACGUUGAUACAAAAUAUUAUAAAGCAGAUGUAUAUCUGUGCACCUUGGAAAAUAAGGCGCUCAAAUCACAACAAUUCUCUUCAAGAGUUCAUGGGGUUGUUUUGUACUUUGAUUGUGAUAAAGAUAAGGGAUUAGAGGCAGCAGAAAGCUGGUUACCGUUUCUGAACGAAUAUGAUGCGGAAGUCAAAAUCUUGCUGUGUUCCAAUUGUAAAGAUAUUCCGGAAGUUGGUGUUUCAAAACUCACAGCUCAGGAAUGGUGUGUGAAGAAAGGCUUCGAGUUGGUUGAGUUGGAUCCUGACGUGGACGCCGAAUGGGAGGCAGAGCAGGACUUCCUGGAGACAACUGGCAUCAAGAGAGUGGUGCAGGCUCUACAGGCCCAUGUCUGGCCCAAUCUGUCCAUGAAAGAGAGGAAAGAGCCUACUAGCUUCAAUAAUUUGCUCCAUGGUGGUAUUCCUCUAUCAGACGGCGGCGACCUGAGUGAAGGUUUUGGAAACCUGAGUAUAGGCAGAGGGCUCGAACAGGCUAAUAUCCAAGAAAAAAUGGAGGAGCUGCUGGGCGGGGGCGGGAGCGCAGAUGCCGAAAUGGACUUUGCCACUCUGUUCGGUGAGCUGCACGACAUGAAGGAGAGGGUGCAGGCGAUGCCCAGUGACCAGCGGAAGGCUUGUGCCGAGCAGGUGGUGCUUGCCUUCUGGAAGGCCAUUGGCGGGGACAGUGAUGAGCUUGAUCUACCCGAUGACGAGUAAUCUGCCUCACAAUCAGGAUGGUUUCACAUUCACGCAAAUGUCGAAUACACGACUGUGGUUACAAAGAUUCGAGAAUUCAUUCUUGCCUGGCAGAUUAUGUGGUCGUGUACGUUUUCGCUUAUCUGGCCUCGGUUAACCGUGAGAGAAUGAAUACUCUUAGUACUUAUGGAAAUGCUUCUACAUUAGCCUGCCAAUGUGUGAACACUUUCAUAUGAAUCAAUGGCAUUCUUCCUCGAACGCAUAAAUAAAUCUUUCCUUGAACGACGUCAUUUUGUCAGUUUGAAGUUAACAGCUCUUCUUCAGCUGUUUAUUUCUUCAGAUCAGAAGCAAGAUCUAUAGGUCAGACAGGACACCAAUGUUAAUCAUGGAGCGACUAUAUUGUGUCUAAAAUUUAAUCAUUCAGCGGCUAUAUUGUGUCUUGAAUUGGGCGGCACAUUUAAAAACGAAUCAAACUUAAACAACCUUAUUCCUGGGAAACCCGAAUAGUCUAAUUCUGUUGGGAGACUUAAAAUUUGGAGGCGAGCGAUAACGCUAGUAUAUUAUAUUAAAAUAAAACUUGAACAAACCUCUCAAGACUCAUUAUGCCAUAUUGUGGCUAGCUGCGGCAAUGCAUGUGAACGUGCCCUUACCUCUUUCCGAACACCUUGUUCAGAAGUUGACAACUCAAGUAGUUGCGCUCAUUGAGAUGAAUAUAACAGGAGAUGACUCUCACAGAGGCAGUAACGUUUCUUCCAAAUAGAUUUUAGUAUCAAUACAAUAUAUUGUUCUCUACUUUAUACAAAAAUAAUAAUCUUUUUCUAGGUAAUGUUCAUACACUAGACAAAUUGAGGCUCUUUUUUAAUAAAGGACGGCAGGAUGCAUUUAUGCACAAAUAUGAACUUAGCAAACAAAGGUUGUGAUCACAUUUAAUGCGUAUCAUUCAAUGUCUAAUAUUUGAAUCUGAAUAUUCAAUGUAAUUUCUUCAAUUACAUAUUUAUGUAUAUAAUGUCUACAUACACUUCAUCAGAAACCGCACAUUCUCAUAUGUACAGAGACGUUGAAAGUGCACGUCAGAUCAUACCUGAGCCGAAAAACAAAAUUUGAAAAAUGCCAUCGACACACGUUUUGACUUGCAUGUAGCUGCUUACACUGAGCGCAACCAGCAAGUGCAAACUCUUUCCAGGUUUUGUUUUUAAUCUGCACUCUUGGUUAUGCAUAAACAAGUUUGUACUUGCACAUAUAUACGCAUUCAAUUUGAUCACACCCUUAGCCUCGUGAGGGCACAGAAUGGAAAGUAUCAAUCGAAACUGCAUUUUACAUGACACCAAGACUUGAGUGCACCAAGAUCACGUCACGUGACUGCGCCAUCUUGUUAGAAAUUACAAUUACCGCUAUCCGGGUCUUGAACGGGUCGCGGCAGUGAACGAGACCGAUUGGCCCGGAUUAGUAAAGUGAACCGAACGUACCAUCUCUACUACUAUUACAAUGCUGAACUUACUUUCAAGAUGGCGGAUUUUGGCGUCAAGAUACUAGCUGACUUUCCAUUCUGUAUUGAAUUCUGUGGUGAGGGACUCUAUUCCUGGAAUUGAGAUCCCAGCCAUGUAAGAGAAUUGGCAGUAUAUAAUAUUGUUUGAAAACCAUCCUCAACUUACUGUAGAUGGUCAAGUUACAAGAAAAAUCUUGAAAUAGCAUUUGUCUUAUGGAGACCUUGCUUUUUCUCAUGUUUGAUUGAACAAUCUAUACCAACCUAACAAAAUUAGACGAAAACCUGGUCUGGCUUAGCAUGCAUCAAUAGCAAACUGUUAUUAAUACUGUAUAUCUCCUGUUGUAAAUAUCCCAAUGAUUGCUCCGUUGAUUCUGAUCAUUGCAAGGUUCAAGUCUACCCUACUUGUGUUUAUCCAACUGCAGGUUCAAGCCUGUUGAAUCGUUCUUGUCUGUGAUCCAACAUAGAACUUGCUGUUAGUCGUGUAUAUGAUUUGGGUAAAGUUAGAGCGAGUCGGGCAGUUCUACUAAACUCGCGUCAGUAUUGCGGAAAAUUGCAGCGGUAGAAAUGUUGUAAAUGCGGACUUCAGCUACACUAAGCAGCUUGUGUGGUCACGUUCCGGCAGUAACAAUAAUUUAGCAGCAGAAAAAACUUCCAGGAAGUGCGUCUGUUCACUAUCUCAUUUCUCCUAUUUUGGUGCGGCAUUCUGCUGAAAAAAUCUGCCGAAGUUUGAUGCCUCUCUGGCUCUAACCUAAGGGUGAAAACAGCUAAAAAUAACGUUACGAAAUUAAAAACUGUUCCAUAAAAAUAUUUUUGAUUGUUAUACAAUGAAAUAGAAACACUUCACAUUUUUUUUUAUUGGAUAGGUUCAUUUACGCAGAACUCCAGUUUUGAUGUUCAUGGCUUAUUAUCAGUGCAUUAUGGUAUCGACGUCACUUCAAUGUUAAGUUUAACUGUGCAGAAGUGUACAUUUAAACUGUACUCGCCAGUUCAUUCCAAUAAAAUUGAGUAAAUCAAGAAGUAAAAUUGGAUUUUAACAAAUAAAAGUGAGUGAAUAAAAUCAAAUAAACAGCAUUUGCAUCAUAUCAUUAAAAUGGAGUGCCAUUUAAACUAUCAAGUUUUAUGUAAAUGUAACCUUCCUAGAAUGAGUAUUUCGUCUUUCUUUCCGUGUUGUGGUAGAUAUUGAAUAUCAUAAUAUAAAUAAAAAAUAUUGAAAUUGUAUAACCUUUGAUUUAAUAAAACAUUUAGAAUGUCUCAAAAUGUUAUACUAAAUCAAUGGCUGUGACAAUUAAAAUUAGUCUUUAUUACUUGAUAAUAAUAGCAUAACUAUUAUUGUAACUUUACUACUUUAGAUGUGCAAUUUUUUAUCUGUAAUCUGUAUUAUAUCUCAUUCUUCCUGUGUAAAUUACGUAUCUAUUAUGUUGAAGUAUUGUAUAUAAUGUUGUUAAUAAAUAAUUCAUUAGAGGCUUAA